AUCUUCAUCAUCACUUUUCUCUAUUUUCUUUUCUCUCUCUCUCUCUCUUGUAACUAUUAAUAUUUACCAAGAGCUUCUGAAUAUCACAAUUAACUUAAAAUCUUUAAAUUAUUGUUAAUCUCAAGUUAUGAUUAGAUUGUAAAUGAUCAAAAAAAUAAUCAUCUUCGAGUAACUUGAAUCAAUUGUGUUCAUAAUCUUAAAACUGUUAAAGUUGUUUCAAAGUUAAUUGUUGUUACUUAACUAGUAAUAGAUUAACAAUCAACCAAAAGGAGAAAGGUAAUGAUAACCUUAUCCUUUAAUCAGUUAAUUGUUAAUAAUAAUGUUCAGUGUUUGUGAUAAUCAAAAUCAAAGAUGACCAGUUAAUUGUGUUAACCAAAAGCAAUUGAGAGACCUUCAAAAUCAGUAAUUUGUUUACAUUUACUUUAACUUGUUAACUUAUUUUCAAAUGUUUACUUUAAUUUAAAAAUGUUAAAUCAAUUGAUUUACUUGAUUGGAUUAAAUUAUCUUACCCUGUUAACGGUUAACAGUUAUUCACAUCAUUCAUUUCAAGAUUAUCAUAAAAAUGAUCACAUUGGCAUAAGCCACACACUAAACAGUGAAUCACAAUUAGUUAAUUCUCCUUCUCAUCAUCAUUAUAAUCAUCGGAUAAUCCGAAACAUUGAUCCAGUUAAUAUCAAUAAUAAUAAUCAUCAUGAUGAUCCAAGAAAACUAUCAAACCUCAAAGUGGAUUCUCAUUUAUCUUCAGUAUCUUUCUAUGGGUCCAGCUAUAUUUGGAUUCCUAUGGAGGAAUCAAGAGAUUCAACCAAGAUCUUUUUCCGUUUUAAAACCCAUCGUACUGAUGCUUUCCUAUUCCUCGCUUCUGGUCCCAAAGAUUAUUGUCUAAUCACAAUUUCCAAUGGAAACAUCAAUAUACGAAUUAAUUUGGGCUCUGGUGAAGAGGUUGUUAAUGGACCGAAUGACCUUAAAUUAAAUGAUCUACUUUGGCACGAGGUUGACCUGGAACGUAAACAAAGUGACCUCGUGUUAACUAUUGAUAAAAUUCACAUUAAACAUUAUACAAUUAAGGGUCGAUUCUUUGAAUUAAACAUUAAUUAUGGUCUUUACAUUGGUGGCCUGGGUAAUUUCACUGAACUUUUUCUUGGUAACAUGAUCAAUUUUCGUGGUUGUAUUGAUCAGUUUACUUUCAAUGGAAUUGAUGUUUUCUCAUCAUCAAUACGUUCCUAUGGAUUUUUAAAAGAUGUAUCAAGAGAUUGUUCAACUGAUUUCGAUUCAAUUUCUACAAUUACAAAUUCUAAUCAAUCUUUAACAUUUCUCGGUGAAAAUUCAUACCUAACAUUACCUUCAGAUCUUACUGAUCAUCGAACUGGUGGAAAUAUUUAUUUCGAAUUGAAAACUUCCCAAUCAACAUCAUCGAUAUUAUUUUACAAAACUGGACUCGAAAAUUAUGCCUCUGAUUUUGUUGCCAUCGAAUUGACCAAUGGACUGAUUCAGUUAACUGCUAACGAUGGAAGUGGCCUAAUUAUCGUUACGUCAGAUUAUCAGGUUAACAAUUCGGUGGCCAAUGGUCACUGGCAUUCAGUUAAUGUAACAUUUAAACCCGAUUAUUAUGAGAUUGUUGUUGAUGGAAGAAGUAAAAAAGUUUCUUCUCAUCAAAGUGAUUCCCGUUAUUAUGAUUUUAUUAGUGACCUUUAUAUUGGUGGAAUUGAUGUUUCAAAGAUCUUAAUUGCUUCUCAACAAGGAUUAAAAUCAUUUCUAUCCGAUUCAAGUGAUACAAGUUUCAAAGGUUGUAUUCGUAAUGUUCAAAUUAAUUCAGUUCCAAUGGGACAAAGGCAAAUACUUAUUAGUAAAGGAGUCCAUUCAAACUGUAACUGGGAUUAUCCUUGUCUAGUAUCAUCACCCUGUAUUGAUGGAUCAACCUGUCUACAGGAAGGAUUUAGUUCAUUUCGUUGUUUCUGUGAAUCAACUAAUUGUAUUGCAAUCAAUUCAUCCUCAUCCUCAUCAUCAAAUGAUCUAAUGCCAUCAACCCAAUCAAAUUUAUCUUCUUCCUCAUCACUAAUCACCAUUGAGCCUUUGACAGUUUUAGAAGGUAAAAGUGAACAAUUAACCGUUAAAAAUAUUCAAUUUAAUAGUAAAUUGUUUGGAUUUAAACUUGGAAUCAAUGGUGUUUUCUCAAUUAAACAUAAUCCCUCUCAUGGAGCACUUCUUAUUGAUCGUUAUUCAAUUGGACCUUCAUCUUCAUCGGCCGAUAAUACCUUCACUUAUACUGAACUUAAUUCAGGUUCAGUUCGUUAUACUCAUGAUGGAAGUGAAACAAUCAAUGAUUCAAUUACAUUGGCACUUAAUCUACAAUCUAAAUCAUUUCAACUUCCAAGUUUUCUUGAAAAUCUAUUGGAAACAAUUAUCCUUCCAAUUAAAAUAAUCCCUGUUAAUGAUAUUCCUAAAGUUCAUACAGGAAUUGAAAGUGAUACUAAUUCAGAUUCAAAUGAUUUAAUAACAAUGGCUCGAUUUACAAAACUUUGCUUAACUAAUCAGAUACUCAAUUCAUCUGAUUCUGAUAAUUCAGAUUCUGAUUUAACCUAUGGAGUGAUAACACUUUACUCAUGCCCUGAUUGUUACAUUGAGUCAACUGAUAAUCCAUCAAUUGGAUUAACUAAUUUCACUCAAGCUGAUGUUAAUCAACUUAAAAUUUUCUUUGUCCAUUCACCAGCAAUUAACACAGAGACCAAAUCAUCUUCGAUAAAAAUUGUUCUAUCAUUGACCGAUAAUCCAUCUCAAGAUAAUCCACCCAUGGAAAUGAUGAUAGAAAUUCAUUUAUUUGAUUUAACACUAAUUCAACUGUAUAACACUGGUUGUUUAGUUAAUUACAAUGAUUCUGUUAUAUUAACGAGAAACAAUUUAUCCUUUACAACGAAUGCUAAUUCAACAAAUUAUCAAACUUUCGAGUUGAGAUAUAAGAUAAUUAAGAUACCCGAUUACGGAAUGAUUCAGAAACUCCGACCUAAUGGUCAAUGGAUUAACGUUAGUUACUUUAAUCAGAAACAAUUAAAUGAAGGUAAGGUUCGUUAUCUUCAUUUAAUUGGUCAACCAACGAUUGAUUCAGUUUCAUUUCAAAUCAGUGUAAUCGGAAGUAAAGUUACUUCAAGAAUUGAAUUUAAAAUUGUAUUCAUACCAAUGGUUAUUUCAACAACAACAACACCAACACCAACACCAACACCAACAUCGACAAUAUCAUCAUUAUCAACGAUUAAGAAACCAAUGAAAUCAAUUGACCAUCGGUCAUCAAAUCAUAUCAUCUUAAGUGACAAUGAUUUACAUUUCACAACUGAAUCCCGAUCAAUUAUUCCUGAACAAUUAUUGGUAAUAACAACAAGUCAAUUACUGGUCAUUGCCAUUUGUGUAUUAACAUCAAUUGGAUUAUGUUUAUUACUUAUGAUGAUUAAAUUACUUACAUUUGGUAAAACAAAAGAGUCAAACAAUUUAAGCUCAUCAAAAGUUACGUCAAAAAGAUGCGGAUCAACUAAUAAUAAUAAUAAUCAUCAUAUUGAUCGUGAUGGUGAUGAAGAUGAUGAAGAUGAGGAUGAUGAAGAUCGUCAUCUAAAUUCAAGUGAAAACAAUUCAAUACCUGAUGGGAUGUUGAUGAUUGAUGAUUCGGGAAGAGGCAGUUUACCUUAUGAUAGAGCAUCAACAGUUAUGUCCGAUUUGAAUCCAUAUUUACCCAAUAUAAUUAACAAUCCACCGUCGAUUAGUACUAAUUGUGGAUCAAUACGAAGCAUAACUGCAACUCCAGUUUCAACUUUCGGAAGAGGACAUUUUUUUCAUACAACAACAUCACCUAAAUUUGAUAAUGAUAAUCAAUUAGAUUCAAGGCAAGGGAAUCCAUUUCCUCUUCCGCCUCCUUCAUUAUAUUAUGGUGUUGAUUCACUCGAAGAGGGUCAACGAAUUGUUCAACCUCAUCUCUGCUCUUUUCAUGCUAAAACUUUACAACGAUCAUCACCACGAACAACAAUUGUCACCUCACCAAGUUUAUCGGAAUCAAAUAAUUUACUGUUAUUAUCAAGUCCAAAUUCAUCAUCAUCAUGUUUACCACCAUCAUCACCAACAUCAUCAUCACAACAACAACAACAACAACCACAAUUACCUCAAUCACAGUUACUUCCUCCACCUCCUCCAUCAUUAUCCCCACCUUUACAUGAACAGGGUGAUAAUCAAUCUAAUGAUGAAAACAAUUUAUCACAUGAAUCAAAUAUCUCAGGUAUUCAUAGUAAUUCAAUGAAUACCUUGGGUAAUAAUCUGAUUCAUUCUGGAAAUAUCUCAAUAUUAGAUGGAGAUGAAAUUAAUCAUUGGAAUCACUCAUCGCAAGGUAAUAUUUUAUUACAUGAUAAUGAAACAAUUUACCCUGAUUCUUAUCCUUACAAUCAAUUAAAUCAAAAUCAUAAUUCAAAUUCUCAUCAUCAUUUAAUAUCAUGUCAUCAACAUCAUCCUAAUUAUUCAAGUGCUUUUACUGAUUACUCUUUAAAUCAUAAAUUGUCAACUUUACCAUCAACACCAAAAUCAAAAUCAAAUCGUCAACAGCAGCAGCAACAACAACAACAAUCAAGACUAUGGAUUUAAUUGUUCAUUUGAUUAUCCUAAUGAUUAUCAUUAUCUUUUGUAUUUUGAUAAUAAAACUUUUCAUACUCUUUACAAUCUAACCGAUUUUUUUGUAAUUAUCUUUUUUCCUUCUCGUAAAUUAGCAAAUUAUUUAGGUUAAUCUAAUUGUCGAUUAUCAUUGUAACUUAAAUUAUUAGAAAUUAACAUUUAAUUGUAAAUAAAUUCUGUACUUCCUGCUAAUUGUAUUACUAAUAUUCAAUUAGUUUCAACUAAUAAAAACUGUUCAUUAACUUA